GAUACCAGUAUGUGAAGUUACCGUUCCUUUUAAUUUCAACUGAUUAAUUAAAAGUCAUGGGACAGAAGAGCUCCAAGAAGGUCGACCUAUACGUCACUGAUGACGUCACACGUUGCCACCUACCAGAUGAUGACGUCACACGCUACGUUGGUCGCGCUAGGGAGUAUACAGCAGUGGACGUAAUUAUAAAGAAACCCAAAGAGACCGUUCCCGAUAAUUCCGAAGAGGGUAAGAAAAAAUCCCCUGUUCGUCACCCUCCAAAUUCUAUCCUACGUUUAUUGACUGGCGCCCACAGAAAAAGUUACCAUCUUGCUUUCGUUGUUCCCAAAGUAAAAGGAAGCAAGCCUUCCCAGCUUGGAAGAAAUUCACUGAUCGUUGAGGAAAACAAGCAGCUGGACGAUGAAGAAGCAAGCGAAACUGGGCCUAUGACACACACAGUGUUUCUAUUACGUCCAAAAGUAAAAUCAAGAUUGAAAAAAGAGUUUUCUUUAAAGAAAAUGGAAGCUCAGAAGACAUUCCUAAACGUAAUGAUGGACAUUGAGCAUCACUGGGUGUUCAGUAUAAAAGAGUUUACUUAUGACGUCACAAAGAUAGCGAGUGGAGAAUACGUCAGAAAGCUACAGGAAAUGAUAGACACAGAAGCCUCUAAAUGUGGAAGGCUACUCUCAGUCAUGCGUGUCGACGAUGACGUAACGACGAAGGAGAACGGCACUUCGGAAAACGGUGUUUCGGACAAGUCGGAAAAUCUGACUCUACGUAUGAUAUAUUUGCAUGAGACUGGGUCGGACAGCAACCAGAAAUACAACUACAAGGUUGAGUGCGUACACAUCAAAUGUACAGAAAAGAAACUAAAACGAAAAAAGAAAGCCAAAGCCACUCAACCGAAACGGGACACAAAUGUCACGUGGUCUGACGAUUGGCUGUCAUUAGUCAAAGAGGACACGAGGUUAACUGAGGUCAUCAACGUGGGGGAGCUCUCUGCCACCACUGGUGACGAACCGGUCAAAGAGAAUAAAAAGAACAAGCUUCGUGAGUUUGACGUCAUCACUCUCUGCUUUUACGAGAAUAACAUCACGAAGACCGAUAAUGGUGGCGAUGACGUCACGAAUGAAGAGAAACCCGUAAAGUACGACGGGAUGGUUCGAAUUGUGUGGGCGCCAAUUGAUGACAACGUCCAGGAAAGUUUAGAAGCAGAGGCGGGAAAAUACGGAGACGCUGGUUGGGAGCUUUGUACGGUGCUGGUGACCUCACAUGUUCGGAUGAAACAGAACGGCUCGGAAUUCCGAAAAUGCGCGAUCUUUUUUCAACGACCAAAAGAGGAAUUUGUCUCGGAAAUAGAGAAGGGAAAAUCAAAAGAAAACUUACUUAUGGACGGCACAACUGAAAUUGAAGAAGCGGGCGCCGUACAACCGGAUCUACUCGAAUCGUCACCACCGACGUCACCCAAAGAAAAGGCCGAGAGGUUCGGUAUUGCUAUGCUGCCUGUCGUGGACAUCGGACAGACCAAGCUAAGAGCGACAAAGCCUUCGCCUAAAGCUGAGAAGACUGAGAGACAACCGAACGCUUUGACCGCUGGGAUUGCAGCUGUGCAGUUGAAAAAAGUUGACCGAGAUGUUCUCAAAAAGUCUCCGGUUGUUCAAAGGAAAGAAGAGCCGGAAGUGGUUCAGGUGAAGCUUCGACGGGCGGAAGUGACGAACAUUGAGAAAAAAGAAGAAGUGAAUGAAGUCCCGUGGAUGAAGACACUUGAGAAGAAAAGAGAAGCAGUCAUGAGAUCUGAGAGUCCGAGGAAGUCCGGAGGUCGACCGAAGUCCGGAGAAGCGGAAGGAGAGUUGGCGAAGAAGUUGGACGAAAUGAAAGAGAAGAGAGCUGAACGAUUAAAGAGGGUUUCUAUUCAUAAGGAAGAAGAAGCAAAGAGAAAGUCUCUGCAGGAUCCAAAGAAACAAGAAUCUGAAGAGAAAAUCUUGGAAGUAUCAGAUGUUGAUAUUGCUGUGAAUGUAAAAGAUGCGACUGAAGAGAAACUUCCCGAACCCAUCGUUGAUAUUCUGUCGCCACCUCCAAGUGAUGAGAUCAUCUCUGCUUCAACUGACACAGUUGAGACAUCUGCCACAAACAAUGACGCCUUGCCACCUCCUCCUUCCGAUGACGUCACCAUAGAAGAUCUGUCUUCUCGUCUCAGUGAUGACGUCAUUCCACCGUCACCACCGACAGAUAAAGUCAUUCUUUCGCCAACGCCGGGCGAUGACGUUAUUCCUCCGCCACCAACCAACGAUGAUGUCAUUGCUCCGCCAAGCGAUGACGUCAUUCCCCCACCACCGCCAAGUGAUGACGUCAUUCUUCGGCCACCAACCAACGAUGAUGUCAUAGCUUCGCCAAGCGAUGACGUCAUUCCUCCACCACCGCCAAGUGAUGACGUCAUUCCUCCGCCACCAACCAACGAUGAUGUCAUUGCUUCGCCAAGCGAUGACGUCAUUCCUCUACCACCGCCGAGUGAUGACGUUAUUCAUCCGCCAACACCGAGUGAUGACGUGAUUCUUCCACCCCCUCCGAGUGAUGACGCCAUUCCUUCGCCACCAACCAACGAUGAUGUCAUUGCUCCGCCCAGCGAUGACGUCAUUCGUCCACCACCGCCGAGUGAUGACGUUAUUCAUCCGCAAACGCCGAGCGGUGACGUCAUUCCUCCCCCACCACCUAACGAUAAUGUCAUUGGUCUGCUGAACGAUGAUGUCAUUCUUCCGCCACCACCCAGCGAUGAUGUCAUUCUUCCGCCACCACCCAGCGAUGACGUUAUUCUUCCUCCACUGCUUACCGAUGAUGUCGUUCCUCUUCCAGAUGACGUCAUUGUAUCUACACCAAACGAUGCCCUUCCACCACCUCCACAGGAUGACGUAAUCCAAACUGUCGGUGAUGAAGCAGUUUCUCCAAAUGAUGAGAUCCCAGCAUCAACCGACAGCCAACUUCCCCUGCCCAUAAUAGAUGACGCAAUUAUUCCCCAGAAAGAUGACGCCACUACACACUCCACUGAUGACGUAUCAAUUUCUUCACCCGCAAAGGUUUCCGAGGUAAAUUCAAUUCCAAAAGACCGAAGUGAUAUUUCGCCUCUUUCCAUCCUGAACCUGCCGCCUCCACCCGCCGAUGACAACGAGGAAGACAAUAGCCCUCAACGCACAUCACAAUUAGAUGAUCCUGCGGCAAUUGACAACAAGGUUACCUCUGCGGAAGCUCCGGAUGAAGUCCAAAAACCGGAUAGACCGCUCAGCUCAUCUGACCCCCCAAGCGCGAGCAUAGAUGAAGUUCUCGCUUCAUUUGACUUCGUUUACCAAGACGUAAGUAGCGGAAACCUCAGUACAUUGUCCGCUAACGGGAGCACUCAAACUGCUGACAUUUCAAAUUCUCCCAAACAAGCGGAUGUAAAGAUAAAUGAAGAAGAGGAAGUUAAAAAGGAGGUUGAAGUUGAUGAACCACUCAAGAAAGCGAUCUCAACUGAGGACAUCUUGGAUGAAAUCACAAAAAGUUUGGAUGAGGACUUAGCUUUAUUAUCCGGAACUGAAACAAAUAACGAAAAACUAUCAGAGAACAAUCCUGACACUGGUUUAAGUAUAAACAACAACAGCAAUAAUAACAACAAUAACAUUUUUCAUUUACAUAAAUCUGAAACCUGUUCCCUUCAAACCGAUGCCACUGUCAGUAUGGACAAUAUUAAUAAGACUUGGAAUUAAUAAGCAUUGCAGUGCAAUAUUACAAUUAUUUUUGGAUAGCCUUGGUGUUUAAACGUCAAUGUUCUUGUAUGAUGGCCGGUUUUGUACAAAGUUAUACAUAAUAUAUAUAUUUAUAUAUAUGCAAGGUUGGAAUUUCGAAAUGUUCUAAUCGUAUUAUUACGAAAGCCGUUUUUGGUUACAAAUGACUGACUUGUUUUCGGUCUAUGCUUAUUUAAUUUGCGUUCCAUAAAAUAAGUGACUCCGUUUACUAAAAUGUUAGCUUUGCCGCUUGGUUGUAAAUUGUUGCAUUUUUUUAAUCAAUGAACCUAAAAAUUUAAACUCGUAAACUGUCA